AUGGAAACCUCUCGCUCGUCUGAGGUGAUGCUUGGGUGCCCUCAGACCUGUGCUUUGGAUCCUAUGAAGAGGCUACAAAAGACCGAGAUUCGUUUUCGACGCGUCGAUACCUGCUACGAGGUCUUCCUUCCCGAGAAAGACCACUUCAGCGGCAAACUGCGCGUGAGUGGGCGUGCGGGCGGGGUGGCCUUCGAAGACACGCGCGACAUCUGGCUACCGGAUAACAGGAACCUGACCUUCGUGCAGACGGACAAGUACCUCUACCAGCCAGGUCAGGAGGUCAAGUUCCGCGUCCUCACGUUGCAAGGAUGGCAGGCGAAGGUGACCACAGACCCGUACCCCGAGAUCUGGGUGGAGACGCCGUCCAACACGCGCGUGGCCCAGUGGAUCGGCGCGGCCAGCCCCUCCGGCCUCCUCCACCUGGCGUUCCAGCUGGCCGACGAACCCGAGGAGGGUCUGUACACCAUCCACGUGCGAGGCCCUGGAACCACGAAGACCACGAGGUCAUUCAAGGUCGAAGAGUUCGUGCUGCCCCGCUUCGAGGUCAAGGUCACGCCCCCCAAGUACGCUUUGGCCACUGACGAGAUCUUCACCUUCAAUGUUUGCGCAAACUACACCUUCGGCCAGCCUCUGAAGGGAACCGUGGAGCUGACGGUGACCAACAACCAGCGAAGGAGGUGCCGAAACAUCAUCAAGAGAACCGAAUCAAUCGCCGGUUGCAAGGACAUCUCCGUGGCGGCGAAGGAGCUGAGGAUCAUCGACUGCCGCGUGUUCCGCCUGAGUGCCACGGCCGUCGUCGAGGAGGACGGCACGGGCGUCAGGCUCAACGACACGGCCAGUGCUAGCAUCAGCCGCACCGCCGUCAACUUCGUCACGGUCUACGAGGACAACUACAAGAAGCCGAAUCUUCCGUUCACGCUUAAGGUAAAGGCGACUCUGCCCGACGACUCUCCCGCCGCGGGCGUCCCCGUGGAGGUGUGCGCCGCGGGCGUGUGCGCCAACAAGACCACGGCGCAGGACGGCGUCUUCACGGCUGUCGUGGCCUCCGACGACACCAACAGGAUAUUCAUGUCGACCUUGAACUGCCGCGCCGACCUCCGAGCCUCGACCUUCUCGAAGGAGAUCCGUCAGUACUACUCGCCCUCGAACUCCUCCCUGCUCCUCCAGGUGCCCGAGAAGAAGCUCAAGUGCGAGCCUGGCCAGAGCGGAAACUACAACCUGCCCGUUUGGUUCUCGGCCAACAACCAACCGAGGGCUGCGCUGACCGUCCAGGUGGUGUCCCGGGGCAAGAUCCAGCACCUGACGACGCAGCAGGUGUCCUUCACGCCCUCCGCCUUCCCCAUCGACGCCCAGAACCUCGUCGACGCCCCCUCCAACCCCGGCUUCCCGAUCGUCAUGGGCGUCCUCAACCUGCCCAUCUCCCUGCCGCCCACCGCUUCACCCACGGCGCAGGUGCUGAUCUGGUACACCCGCGACGACGGAGAAGUGGUGUCUGACGCGGCCGAGCUCAAGCUGGAGAGGUGCCUGGACAUCGCGGCCAACUUGUCCUUCUCGGCGCGACAGGCACUGCCGGGGGGGGAGACCACGGUGGCACUCUCCUCCGAGCCCAACGCCAUCUGCUCUGUGGGCGUCGUCGACAAGAGUACCGAGCUCUUGAAUCCCGACCCGACUCCGAUAUCCCUGGACGCGAUCUUCCGCUACCUGGAGGGAUACAAGAUCUUCCCCUGGAUUAACCCGCAGGUGGACGACUCCGAGUACUGCGAGAGAAAAGCCUUUGAGAAAUCGGCUGAGUCGGUCGCGAGCGGAGGUAUAUUGUUCGCCCCCUUCCCUCGCUUUGCCUAUUAUACAGAGUAUGUCGAUGCCUUAACGAUGUUUGAUGCCGCUGGAGUCCACGUCAUCUCCAACCUGAUCCUGGAGACAAGGCCGUGUGAGAAAGAUGACGGAGGCGCAGACGGCUUCGGGCCCAUAGGCAUCACCGGGGACAUCGCGCCCAACAGGAUCCAGGGCGGGUUCGCUGCAGGAUUCGGAGGAGCGUCCAUCGGGGCCGCAAAGGCUCCGACGCAGCCGGAGGAGGCGGAGGGCACGGCGCCCCGGACGCUGUUCCCCGAGACGUGGCUCUGGGAGCUCGUGGCCGUCCCCGCGAGUGGGCUCAUCCAGGACCGGCUGAAGCUCCCGGACACGAUCACGGAGUGGGUGGGGCAGGCCGUGUGCGCCCACGCGGACAAGGGCGUGGGGCUGUCCGAGCGGGCGUCCAUCACCGCCUUCACGCCCUUCUUCACCGACCUCACCCUCCCGCCCUCCGUCAAGCGAGGCGAGGUCCUCCCGGUCAAGAUCUCCGUAUUCAAUUACCUCGACCAGCCCUUGCCGGUGCGAGUGAUCCUGCAGGCCAGCCCCGAGUACCAGGUGGUGGAGGACCCUGCUGCUAAUGGAGGAGGAGCAGGAGGAGCAGGCAACGAGAGGGCGUCCUGCCUGGCGCCGCAGGACAAGGCGGUGCACACGAUCAAGAUCCGGACGCUGGCGCUCGGCGACGUCAACCUCACGGUGUCGGCCUUCGUGGACUCCGCGCUGGCGGCCGGGUGCGGCGGGGGGACGGCGCCGGUCGCGAGGAGAGACACCCUGAUCAAGCCCAUCACGGUCGAGGCGGAGGGCUUCCCGAGAGAGCAGACGUGGACCAAGUACCUCUGCGCCGAAGAGGUGGCAUCCGGCGAGGACGCUCCGGACACGUGGGAAAUAGUGCCGCCCGCCAACAUAGUGCCAGACUCCGCCCGCGCCUGGGUCACUUCCGUCGGGGACCUGCUGGCACUCUCGCUUGAGAACCUCGGCUACCUGAUCCGCCACCCGUCCGGCUGCGGCGAACAGAACAUGGUCAACUUCGCGCCCAACAUCUACAUGCUGCAGUACUUGACGGCCACGGAGCAGGGCACGCCGGAGAUUACGGAGAAGCUGUUGAGAUUCAUGAGGACAGGUUACCAACGCGAGCUGCUGUACCGACGCGACGACAGCUCCUACAGCGCCUUCGGGAAUGCAGACGACUCCGGCUCCACUUGGCUCACGGCCUUCGUCCUCAAGUCCUUCGCGCAGGCUCGGAGGUUCAUCUCGGUCGACACCGAGAGCCUCGACCAAACGCGCCUCUGGCUGAGCAACUCGACCCGAGACCCGAGCGGCUGCAUUGACCCCGUCGGGAAGGUCUUCAGCAAAGGGCUUACGGGCGGUCUCGCAGGCCGCAGCUCCACCGUCCCGCUGACAGCCUACGUGCUCAUCGCCCUCCUCGAAGCCGGGGUUCCCAUCAACACGCCAAUCGUGCUGGACGCAGGCCGCUGCGUGCUGGCCGACUCCUCCAACGACCCCUAUACGUUGGCCCUGAAGGCCUACGCCCUUGCCCUGGCCAAGGACCCCAACGCCCAGCGAGUGAUCCAGGACCUCCUGAGCCUGGCCGUCGUCGAGAACAACGCUCUGUACUGGAACCUGCCCCAGGGGCCUCGCAGGAGCAAAGCCCUGCAGGUGGAAACGGCGGGCUAUGCCAUCCUCGCCCUGAUGGCCCAAGACCCGGUGGCCAACGCCCUCCAGGCCAGGCAGAUCGUCAAGUGGAUCACCUCGAAGAGGAACGGCCAAGGAGGGUUCUACUCCACACAGGAUACAGUAGUGGCUCUGCAGGCCCUGGCCAGCUACGAAACUCACACGUUCCAGGGGCCCUUGAACGUCGUGGCCACAGUCACAGCCACGGACCUGUCGCACUCCUUCACGCUGACCGAACAGAACAAGCUCCUGCAGCAGCUGGUGAAGCUCCCGAGCUUACCUACUAGCGUGAGCAUCAGCAUGGAGGGCCAGGGAUGUGCCGUGAUGCAGGCUGUCCUCCGCUACAACGUGCCCGAGGCCGAGCCGAGCGACGCCUUCAGCCUGCGUGUGCAGGCCGUCAACGACCCGCGCGGCGGCUGCGUCGAGAAGCGCCUCGAGGCCUGCUCCGCCUACCUCCUCCCCGACGGCAGGUCCAACAUGGCCGUCAUCGAGGUCAACCUCGUGUCCGGCUUCAUCCCCAGUAAGGACGACCUGAAGGAGGUCGUGCGGCGAAACCCUAAGGUCGUCAAGCGCUACGAGGUGGACGGCAGCAAAGUCACCUUCUACAUCGAGGAGUUCACGGCCCAGGAAGUGUGCGUGAGUUUCCGCAUCACCCGAGACGUGGAAAUCGAGGACGCCAAGCCGGGAUCCGUGGUCGUCUACGACUACUACCAGCCCGAGUUCUCCGUCAGCAAGAGUUACAGCUUCCCUUUCUUAGAUGGCUGCCAAAGGUAAAUGAAACAAGAAAAAGCAAGAAAACAGAUGCCUUACCUACUUCUUUGGUACAUCGAUUCCUGACGCAGAGUUGUGUUGGGGGACUUUUACAGUGAUUGCUUCCUAAAAUGGGGACUUAGCUGGGUUUUCUAUUAUUAUUGUCACUUCGUCUGUCGUAAAACACUGAGUUAUUUACGAAUAAUAAAGCUUUACGUUACAAAUA